CCGUUUGCUGGAGGGCAACCGUGGCCACUGUCCUCGUGGGUGCCCUCACGGCCAUAUGUGGUGGGAUCCUGAUGGCCUUCCUGGCCAAACGCGAAUGCCUCUUUGAGCACCUGGUGCAGCUGCGCGGGAUCCGCUACGAGAGCAGCUUGCAGUGCCCCGGCUCGGACUACCACCGCACCCUCACCCCUGUGCUGGAGAGGCUGUUUCAGAGCAGUUUCCAGAACUCCCCCCUGGAAGGCAGCUGCUCGCGGUGCUCCAUCUUGCAGUACAGGAAAGGCAACGCUAGCUCCGUCAUGGUCGACUUCCGCCUGUGGUUCUCCGCGCCGCUCAGCCCCGGCGCGGAGGAGGCUGCACUGAGGCAGGGGCUGGUGGCUGCUCUGGGCUCCCGGGGGAUCACGCUGCCGGCCUACGGCACCAUCUCCUCGGCCUCCCUCACAGGGUCAAGCAGCAUCCCCCACCCUGGAAAGGCCCUGAAAUCAGGCACGUGUCCCGGGAACACCUUUGCCUGCCGCAGCGGCCAGUGCGCGAGGAAGGAGAACGCGGAGUGUGAUGGGCGGCGCGAUUGUGCGGACGGCUCCGACGAGGCCGAGUGCGACUGUGGGGCCCGGCCAGCCAUGCAGGCGGCCAACCGGAUAGUUGGGGGCUCGGAGGCCUCGCGGGGGGAGUUUCCUUGGCAGGUCAGCCUGAGGGAGAACGACGAGCACUUCUGCGGGGCCACCAUCCUGGCGGCCAGGUGGCUGGUGUCGGCGGCUCACUGCUUCAAUGAGUUCCAGGAUCCCAGCACUUGGACGGCCUACGCAGGCAGCACCUGGCUGAGCGGAUCCGGCAGCAGCGCCGCCAAGGCCCCCGUGGGCCACAUCCUGCGGCACCCCUCCUACGACACGGACACGGCCGACUACGACGUGGCGCUGCUGCAGCUGGCCAAGGCCCUGCCCUUCUCGAGAUACGUCCAGCCUGCCUGCCUGCCGGCCGCCUCCCACGUCUUCCCCCCGGGCAAGAAGUGCCUGAUCUCGGGCUGGGGCUACCUCAAGGAAGACUUCCUGGUGAAGCCAGAGCUCCUGCACAAGGCGGUGGUGGAGGUGUUGGACCAGACGCUGUGCGCCAGCCUCUACGGCCCUGCGCUCACGGACAGGAUGGUGUGCGCCGGCUACCUGGAGGGCAAGGUGGACUCCUGCCAGGGGGACUCCGGCGGCCCGCUGGUCUGCGAAGAGCCCUCCGGCCGCUUCUUCCUAGCGGGCAUCGUGAGCUGGGGCAUUGGCUGUGCGGAGGCCAAGCGCCCGGGGGUCUACUCCCGAGUCACCAAGCUCCGGGACUGGAUCCUGGAACCAUCGCCACCUUCAAGCCGCCCCCCGCCGCCCCUCCCCACCACCGUGGCCCCCCCGCUCCACCCCCCCGCCCCCACCGAGGGCACCAGCACCGCUGCCGGUGGGCACUGGUCCAGCUCCGCCACCGCCAGCACCCCACCGGUCUCCAUGGCCCCAAGCAAGCCGGCGGCCACGGUGCCCCGAACCCAAGAGUGCGGCCGGCGGCCGGGCUUCUCCAAGCCCGUCAAGAUCGUGGGUGGCUUGGAGGCCUCCCGAGGGGAAGUCCCGUGGCAAGUCAGCCUGAAGGAGGGGCUCCGGCACUUCUGCGGGGCCACCAUCAUCGGGGAUCGCUGGCUGCUCUCGGCCGCCCACUGCUUCAACCACACCAAGGUGGAGUACGUGACGGCCUUUGCGGGCGCGACCUCGCUGUCGGCCGUGGAGAGCUCCUCCGUGAAGGCAACCGUGAAGCGCGUGGUGCCGCACCCCGCCUACAACCCGGCCCUGCUGGACUUCGACGUGGCCGUGCUGGAGCUGGAGCGGGGCCUCCCCUUCGGCAGGGACAUCCAGCCCGUCUGCCUGCCCCUCGCCGUGCACAAGUUCCCCGUGGGGAGGAAGUGCCUGAUCUCUGGCUGGGGCAGCCUCCGGGAAGGCAACGCUUCCAAGGCCGAGAGCCUGCAGCGCGCCUCCGUCGGCAUCAUCGACCAGAAGACGUGCAACGUCCUCUACAACUUUUCCCUCACUGAGCAGAUGAUCUGCGCCGGGUUCCUGGAAGGGAAGGUCGACUCCUGCCAGGGUGACUCAGGGGGUCCCCUGGCCUGCGAGGAGACCCCGGGCGUGUUCUACUUGGCGGGGCUGGUGAGCUGGGGUGUGGGCUGUGCACAGGCCAAGAGGCCCGGGGUCUACGCCCGGAUCACCAAGCUCAAGGCCUGGAUCCUGGAUACCGUCUCUCCCCGGCCCAGCACCGUGGCCACAGCCACGUCCAGCACCACGGCCACAGCCGCCACCUCCAGCCGGCCUAGUCCUGGCCAAAGGACUACCCAGCUCGAGCCCAGCACCACCCCCGGGAUGACAACCAGCACCUCGAAAGUCACCCAGUUGCCAGCCGUGCCCUGCACCCCAGGCGCCUUCAAGUGCUCCAGCAAAGUCUGCAUUGGGAAAGCGAACCCCGAGUGCGACGGCGUGGUGGACUGUGGCAACGGCCGGGAUGAGUGGAACUGCAAUUGUGGCUGGAGCCCGGCCUCGGCCUUCAGCAAGAUCGUGGGGGGCAGCGGGGCGGCCCGUGGGGAGUGGCCGUGGCAGGCCAGCCUGUGGCUGCGGCGGAAGGAGCACAAGUGCGGGGCCGUGGUGGUGGCCGAGCGGUGGCUGCUGUCGGCCGCCCACUGCUUUGACGUUUACAGCGACCCCAAGGCGUGGGUGGCCAUCCUGGGCACGCCCUUCCUGAGCGGCCUGGACGGGCGGGUGGAGAAGAUCGCCCAGAUCCACCGGCACCCCUUCUACAACCUCUACACCCUGGACUACGACCUGGCGCUGCUGGAGCUGGCCUCCCCGCUGCGCUACACCGGCGCCAUCCAGCCAAUCUGCCUGCCCGACAGCGCCCACGUCUUCGGCCAGGGGGCGCGCUGCUUCAUCACCGGCUGGGGCUCCACCAAGGAGGGAGGGCUGAUGUCCAAGCAGCUGCAGAAGGCGGCCGUCCAGGUGAUUGGGGAGCUGGACUGCCGGAAGUUCUACCCCAUCCAGAUCAGCAGCCGCAUGCUCUGUGCCGGCCUCCCCCACGGCACCGUGGACAGCUGCUCCGGCGACGCCGGGGGCCCGCUGGCCUGCAAGGAGCCCUCCGGCCGGUGGUUCCUGGCUGGCAUCACCAGCUGGGGCUACGGCUGUGCCCGGCCCUACUUCCCGGGAGUCUACGCCAAAGUCACGGCCGUACGCAGCUGGAUUGGGCAGAACCUCAAGGUGUGAAGCCGCCGUCCGCUCAGGGAGAAGAGGCAGGACGGGGAGCUGCUGCUGCAGGAGGCCGGCUGGGACGGGCCCCGCCCCGGAGUCCCAUGCGG